AAAAUUUAAUUUUUGGCUGGCAGAGUGUAGCUCACAUGUGUUCAUUUUGCUUAAGAAACUCGUGUUGCUUCUGUCUGUCUGUCUCCCUUCUAGUAAAAGUAAGCCUCUAAUCCAAUUGUUGCUGUUGGUUGAAUGUAUAUUUUAAUUAAUUUUUUUCCUUGAAAUUAUAUGUAACCUCUUCUAUCAGUUUGUUUGUAUCAGCUCUAAAAAUAAGUAAAUAUUGGUUUUUUUGGAUAUCCUUUUCUUUCUCACUCUACCCCUUUUUUGUUUUUUGUUUUUUUAUCUUUGGUGGCUGGGGAGGGGCAAGGGCCGAAACGCUGUUAUAUAUGUGGCUGAUUGUGUUGGGUUUAGUGAUGGAUAGUAGGGAUUUUGCUUUACUUAAACAAAUAUAGUCCUUAUGCAAUGUAAUCAAAUUCACAACUUUUGCCUGCAGGUUGCCACUGGGCAAGUUGCUAGCACUGGAAUGGUUGCUAUGAGCUAUGUUCAGAAAGUAUCUGAGAAGGUUUCUUUGGCAUCAGAAUUCAUGUACAACUACAUGUCAAGAGAUGUGACGGCAAGCGUAGGUUAUGAUUAUAUUCUCCGACAGAUAAAGAACCUGAGGACCUUUGUCCUGCUCCUGAAUAUUUGGUUACUGUCUGUCUAGGUCUGUUACAUGGACUCAGUGUCGAGUGCAG